UUUUUUUUUUCCUUUUCUUCUUUACAUCUUUCUUCUCCCUUCAUUUUUUAUUUUCUUUCUUUUUUUUUUUGUUUCUUCUUGUAGCUCCCACUUGAGAAAACACACACACACACACACACACAUACAUAUACACACAGAACAGAUCAGAUGAAACUUUCACUCGCUAUUAUUUCUACCUCUUAUUUGGUAGCCAUCGCCCAGGCAGCCUCUGUCAAAUUCAACGUCAUUGCCCCUGGAGCCACCGAUGUCAAGGUUUCAGUCAACGGUCAACAAGUAGCUCUUACUGCCGCUGAUCCCAACGUCCCCUAUUUCUCGGGUGAUGCUGAAGCUGGCUCUGCCAAAGACUACAAGUAUGUUGUCGGUGGUACCGAGGAAGGUUUUGCUCGUGCUCUCGAUAGCACAAAGACCGCUACCUUGAACGAUUUCUAUAACCGUCCCGUGACCUAUGCUAAUAUCCCCAAGUUGCCUUGGCCCAUCGAGAACAACCCUCAAUGGACUGCCAGUGGACCUAAAGCCGAUAUCUUUGAUGAAAACUAUAUCCCUUCCGUCUUCUUCUCUGGUGAUGCUGCUCAAGUCGAUACCUUGGUCAAGACCGUCCCCAAGGACAAGGUCACUGGUACUUUGACUUUUAUUGGUUCUGAUUAUGUCAAUUCUUUCCAAAACGUUACCUUUGGUGUCCACGGUGCUGGCAAGAAGAAGAACAAUGCUAAACAAUCUUGGAACUGGGCUUUAAGUACGGGUGAUUACCUUGGUAACCGUAACUUCUUCAAGCUCCGUCAUAUGGAAGAAGAUCCCACCCAAAUUCGUGAGCGUCUCUACUCUGAUGUCUUGCAUGCUUUAGGUACCUAUGCCAACGAAGCCAACAUGGUGCGUUUAUUCAUCAAUGGUCAAGGUUUCGGUACUUUCAAUAUGUUGGAUGAUAUCACCGAAUACUCCUACAUCAAUGCCAUGUUCUAUGGUGGUAAAGAACAAAACCCCAAGGGUCUUCUCUUUGAUGGUAUGUCCGGUGCUGAUUUCCUCUACCAUCCUGGUAACUUGGAUGGUUACAGUUCCUUCGGUGCUAACAAGGAUAGUCCUCAAACCUAUGAAGCCAUUGACCCCCUUGCCAAGGCCUUUAACGAGACCAGCAUGACAGAUAAUGCAGCUCUUGCCAACUUUGAAAAAAUGUUUGAUGUCGAUCAAUUCAUGCGUUUCAUGGUGAUGGAAUACUUGACUGGUCAUUGGGAUGGUUACUGGAUGGGUCAAACCAACGAUGGUGCUUACAGAGAACCUCCCGCUGAUGGUAAAUGGUAUUACCUCGGUCAAGAUUAUGAUGCUACCUUUGGUGUCAAUCUUGAUACACCUGAUCUUGCCUCCUUCACCUCUGUCUCUUACAAGGAUUUCCCCAGUCGUUAUCCCGGUGGUAUCUUGAUUAACCGUCUUCUUGAGAACCCUGAUAAGAAGGCCACCUUUGAGAAAUACUUGACUGAAACUGUUCGUGUUCUCUUUAACAAUGUCACACUCACUAACCGUGUCUUGGCUCUUCAUGAAUUCCUCUUACCCGAUCUUACCUGGGAUCGUUCUUUAACUCAACAAUCUCCUGGUAUUAACUUUGGUUGGACUAUUGCUCAAGUCACUGAAAACUUGUGGGGAGCUGUUGGUGCACCUAAUGCUAAUGGUGGUGGAGCCUCUUGGGGUUUAGUUCAAUGGAUUGUUGAAAAGUCUGCUGCUGUUGCUAAAGAAUUCAACAUUGAGGUGACUACUACACCUAUGGGUCCUCCUACUACUACUACCAAUGGUACUGUUACACCUGGUGCUGCUAACCAACCUGUUGCCUCUGCUACCCCUGGUGCCAGUGGUAAGAAGGAUACCUCUGCUCAAUCCAAUAACGAAAAGGCCGAAUCUUCUGCACCCCGUGUUCUCCCUACCGCUGCUGUUCUUUUCGCUGCUCUUUCUGCUCUUGCUAUGCUUUAAGCAAAAAAAAAAAAACCAAAAAAAAUACCCACAGCCAUCUUUUUUUUUUCCAAAUUACCCACUAAAAAAAAAAAUAUCUCGUGUGAUCUUUAUUCUUUUUUUUUUUUUCAAGCUCAAAUCAUGUAAUAACAGUAGUUUUAAUUUAAUAAUAAUAUACUAAUAAAAUAAUACCUCUUUUUUUUCCCUAAAAAAAAAAAAUAA